CCGGGGCCCCGCACUGACCGGCCCAUGGCGCCGCCCGCCGCCCGCCUCGCCCUGCUCUCUGCCGCGCUGGCGCUGGCCGCCCGCCCCGGACCCGGCCUCGGACCCGGACCCGGACCCGGACCGGCGCCCGAAUGUUUCACGGCAAACGGAGUCGACUACAGGGGCAGGCAGAACUGGACGGCACCGCACGGAGGGAAGGCCUGCCUCUUCUGGAAUGAGACCUUCCAGCACCCCUACAACACUCUGAAGUACCCUCAUGGAGAGGGGGGCCUGGGGGACCACAACUACUGCAGGAACCCCGAUGGAGAUGUAAGUCCCUGGUGCUAUGUGGCCGAGCAUGAGGAUGGCAUCUACUGGAAAUACUGUGAGAUCCCAGCUUGUCAGAUGCCUGGAAAUCUUGGCUGCUACAGAGACCAUGGGAACCCCCCUCCUCUGACUGGAACAAGCAAGACGUCCAAUAAGCUCACAAUUCAGAACUGCAUCAGUUUCUGUCGGAGUCAGAAAUUCAAGUUUGCUGGGAUGGAAUCUGGUUAUGCUUGUUUCUGUGGCAAUAAUCCCGAUUACUGGAAGUACGGGGAGACAGCCAGCACUGAAUGCAACAGCGUCUGCUUUGGGGACCACACCCAGCCCUGUGGUGGCGAUGGCAGGGUCAUCCUCUUUGACACGCUAGUCGGAGCCUGUGGGGGCAACUACACCACCGUGUCCGCGGUCAUCUACUCCCCCGACUUUCCCGACACGUACGCCGCCGGGCGGGCCUGCUACUGGACCAUCCGCGUCCCCGGGGCCUCCCGCCUCCUCUUCAGCUUCACCCUGUUUGACAUCAGGGACUCAGCAGACAUGGUCGAGCUGCUGGACGGCUACACCCACCGCGUCCUGGUGCGAUUCAGUGGCCGCAGUCGCCCUCCGCCGUCUUUUAACGUCUCCCUGGACUUUGUCAUCUUAUACUUCUUCUCUGACCGUGUCAAUCAGGCCCAGGGAUUUGCUGUCAUAUACCGAGCUCUCGAGGAGGAGACACCUCCAGCAGGGCCCACCCUCAACCAGAGCCUCACUGAGGUGAUCACCGAGCAGGCUAACCUCAGCAUCAGUGCUGCCCGAGCCUCCAAGGUCCUCUACGUCAUCACGACCAGCCCCAGCCACCCUCCCCGGGCCGUCCCAGGGUGGACAGUGUAUGGCCUCGCAAGCCUGCUCAUCCUCACCGUUACAGCCAUUUUAGCCAAGGUCCUCCUGCACAUCACAUUCAAGGCCCAGCACGCAGCUGCUCCUGGGGAGCUAAGGGACUGCCACCAGCCUGGGCCUCCGGGAGAGAUCUGGAGCAUCUUCUACAAGCCCUCCACCUCUGUCUCCAUCUUCAAGAAGAAACUGAAGGGCCAGAGCCAGCAGGAUGACCGCAACCCCCUCGUGGGUGACUAAGCAGGCCGCUGGGCCUGGCCGACACCCCCUCCCCAGCUUUGUCCUCGGUACCAGGGCCCCCCCACGGCCGGGUCACAGGGCCUCCCUCACACUCAGCCCCAUCCCCACCCCUGCCAUAGACCAAAGCUGAGGCUCUGGGCCGGCGAGGCGGCCCUCUCCUUCCACCCUGCCCUUUGUCUGGCCACCGGCUCCUACCAGUCAGUAAGAGUCUGGAUGCAGGCUUGGCCUGGGCCUGGAUUUGACAAAUCUAAGGUUAGCCACAUGUCCGGGUCUAGACAGUGAGACUUCGCAUUAGGCCGUGGCCCGCUCAGCGCCCCUCCCUGGCCAUGUGCUCGGUCCUCUGCUUCCCUUCUAUCUCAGUAGUCCAAGGGCCACCACCAUGGGCCCUCCUUGGCCUGCCUCUGUGCCCAGUGCUGAAGACGGCUCACUUCCCCAGUGGCCUGGAGUGGGCAGCCCCGUCCCAGCCCUGGCAGCAUCAGGUGGGUCUGAUGUUCUGGGCGGCCUGUCUGGUAGAGCAGGCUCGAGGAGCGGGCAUUCCCAGGAGCUGAUCCAAGGUCAUCUGACUCCGCCAUGAUGCCCUGAACAGGCAUCGGUGUGGCUGAGGCCCCUGGGAUGCUGUGCUGACUCUGCAGGGGUCGCCCUGCUGCAGAGGCUUCCCGCUCCAAGGGUGAUGUGGCCAUCUCCCCUCCCCCUCCCCCUCCCCGCCAUCCGGAGACCAGAGGGGGUGUCCAAAGAAGUGACCAGCACAGACCCACAGAGAGGCCUCUGAGAAACAGAUGCUUCUAGCCCUUAGGCCCCCAGGACUGAGCCCCAGCUGCCUUGGGCUGGGGACUGAAGGCUGUCGCUAUUUUAAAAGUUCCACGGCCAUUUGAGAACAGCAGCUGAGAGCAGAGCAGCUCGCCUCCGAGGGGCCCCCUGGGCUUUGUGUGGGUGUCUGGCCGGUGCCAUCUGUCUGAGGAGGGGCCUUUGUGCUGGGCUGGCUUCUGACUUCACACACACGGUAUUUUAAGUUCUGUGCAUACCUCCCCAAAGUCACUGAGCCACUCCCCAGUGAGUUCUGUCCCAACUCUGCAGCGGGCAUGGAAGAACAGCUGGGUUCCGUCUGCUUGGGGGGCGGUGGCUGGUAACCUGAGUCGGGGGCAAGGACAAAGGAAGAGGAAGAGCUGAAGACGCACAAGCCAGACCCUCGCAUGUGGAGGAAUGUGGCCGCAGCUUUGCUUUAAGGGCCCAUUGGGAUGUGACGGGAGCGGGGGUCUCAGUCUGGCUCUGGGGCCUGAGGGAGGAGGCAGGAGCUGUGUCCUUAGCUGGGGGUCUUUGGGGAGUGCAUCCUGCUAGCAGGGCCACCCCACCAGGCUAUUCUCAGUGCUCCUGGGAUCUGCUUACAAACACUUGGGACAGGUGUGUGCAGCCGAGGGGCCUGGGCUGAGAAUAGCCCCGCAUGAGGCACCGGGCCCUGAAGUCCAGCCAAGGUCCCCUCCCAGCACAGGAGUGGCUGUCGGGUUGGCCUUUAGGAAAGUCUUCCUCACCCCACCUACUCCACACAGGCAUGAGGAGAUGAGGCCAAAAGCCCAGAGUAGCCGUCUAGGACACUCACCGGCCAGCUCUCUCUGCCUGUCCACCUGGGUUCUGGAAUGAGCUGGUCAACACCAGGUUCCCCUGGGUACUUCCCCUAGAGAGCCCCCAAGAAAACAAAUACCCAUCUGGGAAGGGGGGUGGGCGGGUACCAGACUCCAAGAAAACAUCUGAGAAAGGCGGAGGAGCCCAGGCCCAAAGGCUCAUCCUUUUCCAGAGCAAGCCAGGGUGACCAUCCAGUCAAAUGAGAGACUUAAAACUCAGCAUGUGAGAGGAGCUUCUGAGGGCCUUCUCAGGGAGGAAGGGAUGGGUGCGCUCACUACCCCAGGCCAUCAGCCUCCCAGCAGGUCCGGCACCCAGGGGGCCUCCCCGUCCAGGGGGAGGGCGGCAGUUCAGGACCUCCCUGGGAAGUUCUCCUGUGAUAAGUUACGGACGGCCUGACUGAGGCAGAGGGGCCCUGCUAGGUUUCCUAGUGUCUGCUGGGUCCCAGGCCCAAGAAUGUAGGCUCAGUAGAUGGCUGCCCCUUGCCCGGGUCCAGCUGCUCCUGCCAGGCAGAGGGGGCCGGAACUCGAGGCCCCACCACCCUCUUCCCUUCCCUCCUCAUCUGUAAGCAUGACCUCUCAAGGCCUUUCCAGCUCGAAAAGAUUGUUCUGUCUCCCUUCGGGGGCCUCGCUUUCCAUGGGGUUGUGUUGUGGUGAGCCAGGGUCUGCCAGUGUAGACUCUGGGGGGGCUAUACUUAGUCAUGAAAAGCACUUAUGUGAACGGCAGCACUCGUUUGCCCUGAAUCCCCAGCUCCCUGGGUCCGAGGCCCACUCUCCCCGUCCGUGCCAACCCCUCAGUGAGUCUGAAUGGCACACGCACGCAUGCACAUCGCUGGCAUUCACUGCGGGCUUCAGGUCGGGUCGUUUCCUCUUGGUGCGUCUGCUUUCCUCAUCUUGCCCUUGGGCAUGUGAUGGUGCUUCCUCUGCUGCCCUUGUUUCCCUUCCCCCUCCUUGUGGUUAGACCCCUUGCCAAGUCUCUGGCUGGGGCCUCUCUGGCCUGGGGUCUAAUUCCCGAGCUUUUCGACCCCACUCACCUUCCUUCCCUCCAUCCCUCCCCUCUCCCAUCAGAGCACAGGCCCCUCAAGUGACCCCCUCUCAGGCCAUCCACCCACCUGCAGAAUGGCCUCCCCAGCCAAGAGCCGGGAGAGAGAAGCAUUGGACCUCGGCGUCCACGUGAGGAGGCUGUCAGAAGGCUGAAGUGGGGGCCCCUCUCCCCGCCUCCAGAGAGAGGCCGCCAGUGGCAUUCACACACUCCGGCGGAGAACGUUGCGAGUCCUCUGUCUGGAUUUUUAUCUUUGGAAGAUGAAGUUUGAUUUGUAAAUACGCUCUUAAUAUGCAACUUUGGGAAUAAAAUAGAAACAUCAUGGAUUUUAAGAUGGAAGAUGAAGUGUGACACACUGUGUACAAUUUAAUAUAUAUUUUUAGGAAUUUUGUUAUUUAAGAAAAUGGAAUGUGCUGGUACUUUACAGAAAAGAGAGAAAGAAAUAUUAUUUUACUGUCUGGAGAAAAUAAAUUUUCUCAUUGUU